CCGAAAAGAACGAACCGGAUACUAACCGAAACCGGGAUUUGAACACUUAAGGUUAAGGGUCGAGAAACCCUACGAAAGUGUAUCUCUCUCAAUCUCGACAGGUUUCAAAACAGAGACAGUCAUGGGAGGAGGAGAGAAGAGGAAAUCUAGUUUCAAAAACCUAGCUAAUGCAAAGAAGAGGAGAACAGGACCUCACUUACCUAGCUCAAUACUCAAGACCAUUGCGAAUGAGAAACGUCCUUUGAACUCUGACGAAGGAGACGAUGAGAUUGAUUCUGCUUACGGUGAUUUUUACGAGUACGAAGAAGGUGUGCCUGAAGAGGAAUCUAGGAAAAACAACCGCUACGAACGCGUCGUUAACUACGAAUUCGAGCUUGCAGAGGAUUGCGAGGAUGAAAACGUGGAGUCAGAAGAUGAUGAUGAUGAUGAUGAUGAUGAUGAUGAUGAUAGGCACUCACGAAUGUUGAAAAAUGUCACUGAAUUGCCAAUUUCAGCCUUUCAAGGAGAGAGUAAGAACAAACGUGUAGUCUUUACUGAACCAUAUCCAGAGUCUGAAUUCAAUCCUACCCGUGAUGUUCUGGAGGGUAAAUCCCUCACCACAAUUGAUGACUUUAUGGAGCCUCUUCAAGGAUUACAUGGAAAUAGCCAACUAAGCAAUAUGAUCUCCCGGAUGCGAAAAGAUACGCAGUCUCUUGUUCAUGCUCCUCUGCCAAAGCCAGAACAAGAAAGACUGGAACGGGAUGUAGCGAAUGAACUGGUUUACAAGGGGUUUGAUAUUUGGGUGCCUCUGGUAAAAAGGAACAGAGAGGCACCAACUAUUUACUUUAACCAAGAUGUCAAUGUUGGAUACUCUACCGUUGGUGCUAUAGCAUCACAAUUUCAUCCCAGGACUGAAUUUGAGAUGAAAAUGGCUUCUCUACUCGAUGAUCAUGAGAUUUUGGAGGCUCACAAAGAAGAUGGAGCUAGGCUUCUUGAAUUCAACGAGGUAUCUAUGGAAGAUCACAUCAAGAGACGUAACCAUGUUGCUAAGAUGCGGAGCAUGCUCUUCCGAGUUGACCUGAAACAUAAACGAAUCAAGCAGAUUAAGUCUAAAACAUAUCAUCGCCUUAAAAACAAAGACCUGAAUCAAUCGGGUGUUGGAGCAUUCAUGGAGCCAGCAAUGGCUAAAGAAGAGGCUAAGAAGCAGGAGGCGAGGCGAGUAAAGGAACGUAUGACUUUAAAGCACAAAAACACAGGACAAUGGGCCAAACGCAUGCUAAGCCGUGGACUGAAUAGGAAAUACGAUGUGACUCAGGCAGCUCUAUCUAAACAACUUCAAAUUCAUGCUACUUUGUCCAGAAAGAUGAACUCCACAAAAGAUGAAAGUAGUAGUGAUGAGGAAGAUUUGAAUGAUGGUUCAGAUCAGGAUACUUCUAAACUGAUAGCGGAAGCAAAGGAGAAGAUACUGAAAACUGUGGACGAUGAUGAAGUCCCCAUUUCUCGUCUUAUGUCAUUACCUUUCAUGGCUCGUGCUGUGAAAAAGAAAAACGAGGAAGCUAAAGAAGAAGGUAAACGUGAUAUUGAGGAGUUGGAGAAAUUUGGUGGAGCAGAAACCUCUAAAAAGUCCACUAAUGUUGUUGGUAGAAGAGUAUUUGGUGCAGAAGCUCCAAAAGAGUCUGAAAAGGAAUCAGACAACCUUUUUGAUAACAGUGAUAGUAGUGACAAUGAUAUGGAAGAUAAUGAGUUAGAGGCUGUAAAAGAUAAUGCUUCACCUGCUAGAAACACUGAAACCAUUAUGGAAGCCGAGAAGUUGGAUGAUAUUGCUGGAAACCCAGCAUCUAAGACAACAUUUGAUGUCGCCUUAUAUGCAUCAGGCUCCUGGAAGAAGAUGACAGGCUGCAAAAACGCAGAAUCCAAAAAAGCUUCAAAGACGCAUGUGCCCAUUUCGCAGUCCCAAGAUAAAAAGGUUUCUUUUCUUCAAAUCACAAUGGAAUGAUACUACUAAUUUCUUCCUUAAUUUAUCCCCGUUCCAGUUUUAGCCUACUCAUGUGUUUUUCUUUGCUCGCUUUGUGUAUUUACUCUUUAAAAUCAUUUAAGGAAUCGAGUGAUUCAGAAAGUGAUGAUUCAGAAAGUGAUGAUUCAGAGAGUGAAGCAGAGCAAAUGGUUGAUGGGAUUUUGACAUGCGGUUCAAAGGAAACGUAUGAAAUUCCUUGUCAAGCAGAGCUUGUAAGCCGUGCUUUUGCUGGUGAUGACGUUGAAGGUGACUUUGAGAAGGAUAAGCAAGAGGUACUAAAUCAGGAAGUUCCUGAACCCGAGAAACCGGUUCAAGUUGCUGGUUGGGGACAUUGGACCAAUAACCAAAACAAGAGAGGUUUACCAUCAAGGAUUGUUAGAGAACACGAAGAAGCCAAGAAAACGAGAGAGCAAGCUCUCAGAAAAAGGAAAGACGCUUCUUUCAAACAUGUUAUCAUAUCAGAAAAAGUUGAUAAAAAGGCUGAGAAACUUCAGACAAAGAGUCUACCUUACCCUUACACAUCAAAGGAAGUUUUCGAACAAAGUAUGCGUAUGCCUAUAGGACCUGAGUUUAAUCCCACAACUAUUGUUGGAGUUCUAAACCGACCUGAGGUUGUGAAGAAAGCUGGAGUGAUCAUUAAACCUGUCAAGUUUGAGGAAGUAAAUCCGAAUGACGAACACCCUCGUAGCCAUCAGAAACAAAAACCCAAGAAAAAAGGUGGUAAGUAAAACCAAUAGAGGUCAGAGCAAAGUAAAGGACCAAUGAUUUUGCAUUCUCAAACUUAUUUAGACACAAAACUUUGAUCCCAACGGUACCAUUUUUCUUUGUAUUUUUUGUCUUAUUUAUAAAAGAAACAUUUAAAAAGGUUUUAUUUCAUAGCUCUUCAAAUCCUUGUUCAUCACCAU